GUGAUGCAGAGUGAGAAGGAGAUGACGAUAGUUUUUUGGUUUCGUUAUUCUGGGAGGAGGGUGUUGUGGUGUGCUGUGUGUCCUCGUGAUCCGUGCACAGUCUACGUGAUAUCCAAAGCAGCAGACGACUCAGUUAAAAUAAGACUUCAGCAAAACAACAACAACAGGAAGAGCAGCAGCAGCAACAACAAUAAAUACCCAUAUCUUUCUGUUAACUAAUGAAGCCCUCUCUCUCUCUUCCUCUUUCUCUCUCUCUUCUUGCUCAGUUCGCAUCAAUCAUUUACUCAUAAUAUUUAUUGCAGCCCACAUUCGCUUCGUUCCUUUUCCCUAAAGGAAGAGCAGGAGAUUUCUGGUAUAGGGUAAGCCAGUUUUGGUGUUUCUCUCUGUUGUCGUUGUUGUUCUUUUGUUGGGACUUCUUUUCUUCAAAUGCUUUGCUACUGAAUUUCUGCUCUUGUUUCAGCUCCGCAAGUUAGGCUGCUGCUCGGACACAAAUCAUCAAGGAAUUUAAAGUUUCAACAAAAAUCGUGUAUUGCAAAGGCCUCUGAGUCCACAAGGAACUGUCUAUACCGUCCAAGAAUAUGGCUUUGGAUAUAAUGGGGAAAUUUUUGUGACCAGAAUGGAUCCUCAGGCUUUUAUUAGGCUGUCAAUAAGCUCACUGGGAUUGAGGAUUCCUGGAACAGCGUUGAAGUCUGAAAAAUCUGGGAUUCAUGCAUUCUCUUCUCCAUAUUCGUGUGAAAUUCGCCUUCGAGGAUUCCCUAUGCAGACAGCGUCAGUCCCCUUAGUAUCCUCUUCUGAAGCUACACUUGAUUCUCAUACCAUUGCCUCAAGUUUUUACCUUGAAGAAUCAGAUAUUAAAGCGUUGCUGGAACCUGGGUGUUUCUACAGUCCUCAUGCCUUUCUGGAGAUUGCUCUUUUCACAGGGAAGAAGGGGUCCCACUGUGGUGUAGGGGUCAAAAGGCAGCAAAUUGGGACAUAUAAGCUGGAGGUUGGUCCUGAAUGGGGGGAAGGAAAGCCAGUGGUUCUCUUUAGUGGGUGGAUAGGUAUCGGAAAAAACAAGCAGGAGGGUGGGAAAUUGAGUGCCGAGCUUCAUUUGAGAGUGAGAUUAGAUCCUGAUCCAAGAUAUGUAUUCCAGUUUGACGAUGUCACAAAACUGAGUCCUCAGGUUGUGCAGCUUCAAGGCUCCAUUAAGCAGCCUAUUUUCAGUUGCAAGUUCAUCCGAGACAGGGUUCCCCAUGCGGAUCCACUGAGCACUUACUGGUCAGGUUCUGCUAACGAUCCUGAUCUCGAAUCAGAGAGAAGAGAGAGAAAGGGAUGGAAGGUGACCAUACAUGAUCUCUCUGGCUCGGCUGUUGCAGCAGCCUUUAUAACAACUCCAUUUGUUCCAUCAACAGGUUGUGAUUGGGUUGCAAGGUCCAACCCAGGAGCUUGGAUGAUUGUUAGUCCUGAUCCUUGCAGGCCUGACAGUUGGCAGCCAUGGGGAAAGCUUGAGGCAUGGCGUGAGCGUGGCAUUAGAGACUCCGUUUGCUGCCGAUUUCGCCUUCUUUCUGAAUGCCAGGAGGCAGUGGAGCUCCUCCAGUCUGAAAUCCGCAUCAAUGCUGAAAAGGGUGGGGAGUUUUUCAUAGACACAGACAAACAGAUGCGAGCAGCAGCAGAGGCGGCGGCCGCCAGUCCAAUACCAAGCCCACAAAGCAGUGGAGACUUUGCAGGUUUAGGUCCAGUAGUAGGUGGUUUUGUCAUGAGCUGUAGAGUGCAAGGGGAAGGAAAGAGCAGCAAGCCAUUGGUACAACUAGCCAUGAGGCAUGUUACGUGCGUGGAGGACGCGGCCAUCUUCAUGGCUCUUGCAGCUGCUGUUGAUCUCAGCAUUGAGGCAUGUAGGCCCUUCCGCCGGAAGUUCAGGAAACCAUCCUUCCAUUCUUUAUGAAAAUUAAGAAAAUUCGAGUUAAAAAGAAUGGAGGUGAUUAGCAUCCAUGCACCCAAAACAGCUAUGUUUUUCUUGAUUGCUGUAACAUCUGGGGUUGUGUACAGGAAACUGUUGUUUACAACUCUCUCAAAACUUUCUAAUGAUAGCAUUAAGCCAAAGUGACGUCAUUAUACAUCGUUUAGACAGUAGUUUCUCAUGGUGUCAGAAACUUUCUAAUUUUAUAAAUACUAGCAAGUUGAUUAGAACUU